CGCUAGGUGCCUCUCUGUAGAAUGCAGCACAGUGCUGGAGCUCUCGCUGAAUAUGGAUGAGAAGGAAAGCAGAGGGUGAUGCAGUAGGAAGAUUCCCCCCGUCAGUCUGCCUCUGCCUGAACAAUACAAGCUUCUCCGCUUCAAACAUACACGCGCACAUAUACACACACGCAUAUACCCACAAACACAGCAAUUGCAUUGCCAUCACACACAAUCAGAGAAAGAGAGAGAGGGAUAUAGUGAGAAAGAUAGAGAGAGACGGGGGCUGACUGCGGGUAUGGAGGGGAGGAUGCGCUGACGUUGUCCCCCUCUCGGAUACGAACCUGGGGAAAAAGGUUGACUGGCCACAUUCCUUGACGGCGGCAGAGCUCCUAUGAUCAGCCUGCGGUCGGGCAUCGCUCACUGGUACAGCCUCUCAGCGUCCAUGGCUAUCUGAACCCCACCUCCAGCACAGUACAGCAGAAUGGAGGAGGGUGAAUAUUUCCUGAAGGUGUUGAUUCCCAGCUACGCUGCUGGUUCGAUCAUUGGUAAAGGAGGCCAGACCAUCGUUCAGCUUCAGAAAGAGACUGGAGCAACCAUCAAACUAUCAAAAUCUAAAGACUUCUACCCAGGUACGACAGAGCGCGUUUGUUUGAUUCAGGGUACAGUAGAAGCACUGAAUGGAGUCCAUAACUUCAUCGCUGAAAAGGUCCGGGAGAUGCCUCAAAGCAGUCAAAAGACUGAGCCGGUCAGCAUUCUCCAGCCACAGACCACUGUGAACCCAGAUCGAGUUAAACAGGCUAAACUGAUCGUGCCCAACAGCACAGCGGGGCUCAUCAUCGGUAAGGGUGGGGCUACAGUUAAAGCUGUGAUGGAGCAAUCGGGAGCCUGGGUACAGCUUUCUCAGAAGCCUGAGGGCAUCAAUCUGCAGGAGCGUGUCGUGACUGUGAGCGGUGAGCCGGAGCAGAACCGCAAGGCUGUGGAGAUCAUCGUUCAGAAGAUCCAGGAGGACCCACAGAGCAGUAGCUGUCUCAAUAUCAGUUACUCUAACAUAACCGGCCCCGUGGCCAAUUCCAACCCUACUGGUUCCCCCUUUGCCAACUCUACGGAGGUCUUACCCAAUUCCGCAGCAGCGGCUACAGCCUCCACGCUGCUCGGCCAGGCAGGCCUUGCAGGAAUGGGCGGGUUUCCUACCGCUAUGUCUAGUCUUUCCGGUAAUGAUCUACUCACCAUUACGUCCGCCCUGAACACUCUGGCCAGUUAUGGCUACAACACCAAUACAUUGGGCCUAGGCCUCAACCCGGCCGCAGCGUCUGGAGUUCUUGCUGCCGUUGCAGCUAGUGCCAAUCCUGCGGCAGCGGCUGCAGCCAACCUGCUUGCCACAUAUGCCAGUGAAGCCUCUGGGGGCGGUCAUCCUGCACCAAGCUUAGGGGGGUUCUCACUGGGUUCUCUAGCAGCCGCCACAGGGGCAUCUAAUGGUUACCUGAAUCCUUCAUCCCAACUGAUGGCAUCCUCUCUGUUAGGCACAGAGAAGCUGGCAGAAGGUGGAAAGGAAGUGGUUGAGAUCGCUGUCCCGGAGAACUUGGUUGGUGCCAUUUUGGGGAAAGGCGGCAAGACUCUGGUAGAGUAUCAGGAGCUGACAGGUGCAAGAAUUCAGAUAUCCAAGAAGGGAGAGUUCAUUCCAGGCACACGCAAUCGCAAGGUGACUAUCACAGGGUCACCAGCCGCAACACAGGCCGCUCAGUAUCUCAUCAGCCAGCGAAUCACAUACGAGCAAGGCGUCCGUGCCACCAAUCCUCAGAAGGUGGGCUAGAGAUGUACAGGAGCGGGGAGGGGAACAACAAAAAUGGGAACCGAAGAAAAAAGAGAGAAUUGAACAGAUGACUGGACGAAUGAGGGAGAGGAAGAAUGGGAUGGGUCGGGGCUAAAGCAUGUCCAAAUAUCUCAACUCAAAAUAAGGACAAAAACAAAACAAAUGAAAAACAUCAUGAAGGAACUGUGAAUAGAUUACCUGUUUGGGGAGAAAUGUGAUAUUUUGUGAUUGAAAUUUUGCUGUAUUUUUAAAGUUGUGUAGGUCCGAAUAUUGUGCCCUGGGGCACUUGGAGGAGGAGGAGCUAAAACCUCACUUCCUCUCUUAGCUGGGGUCUUUUGGAUUCUAUUUUCAUUUUUUGCUUCCACCCUCAUAGUUUAGUUCAUGACUUAUCCACACCCCGAGCAAAGAGAUUAAGGUUUAAAGUGGUCCCUAUUUAGAUAUUUAAUAAUAUUAAAUUCACAGCUAUAGUGCAGGUCUGAAUCAAAAAGGUCAUCUUGAUGGCUCACAUACUUAGAAGAUACUGAUGAGACAUUGUACUAACUCUUGAAUUUCCCCUUAUUGUUUUCAACCAAGGCUUACUCUGAAACACCUGCUUAAUCCUUUUGACAUGCAUUACAUUACUGGAUCUCUGUGAUUAUUCUUCAUUAUGGUUGGAUCACACACAUUCACACUCAGUCACUUCUAGACUUACUUAAACCUGUGAUUCCAGGUUGACCUGAAUGUAUAAAGACUUCCUGAUAUUGUUGGUUUUUUAUAUGUACAUAUAGUAUCAAACUGAGAUGCUGUUGAGAGUAGAUACCUUAACUUCAGCCACAGACAUAGAAGCAUACAUCAAAAGUCAGACACGCGGCAUUAGAGAAAAGGAAUGUAAAACAUACAUCACACACCUAUACAUCUAUACAUACAAUUUACUUGCAAGUGUAGUUUAGUCACAGGAUCCCACUUUGGUGCUAUAAGAAAACACAAAAGAUCAAACUCUGAAAAAAAUUUGUUAUCAUAUCUACUGAUUUUAGAAAUGAUGGGUGAGCCUUCGUCAAUUAUUAGGGGGCGUUUUGUGAUUUACUCAUGAGACUAACAAUAAGUGGAUAUUCGAAAGAUCCCGCCAGAGCAGAGGCAAAACAGAACAACCUUAAACGCAUCUGCAUUGCCUCGGUAACUUUUAUCUCUUACUACAAAAAACUUUUGGACACACUACCAAGGAGCUUAAGUCCUUAGAAUCCUGAACUUGAAAAAAGAAUCUGACCUGUUUAGACAGAUGUACCUCUUAACUCCUCCUCUUCCUAUGAUUGGAGGAGCCAGGCAAUGUCUGUGCCUGUUUUGUUUUGAAAGGAGCUCAGGUUGUCAUACCUCAUGUUUGAGAACGGAGAAAGAUUUCCAGUUUGUAUGCAGUGCAGCAAAGUCUUGGGUGCAUUACAAAUGUCACCUCGUUCAUGUCACGGUUGAACCCUGUUUGCGCCAGGCUGGCAGCAGAGGUGCAGUUGAGGCAGUGAACGAGAGACUGAAAUGACAUACAGCUUUUGUAACCCGUUCGAACCCAUUCGAAGGCCAGUGGAUGCCACUCCAAUGACUGUCUACCUUCAGCCUUCUUCUGUAAAGCAGUGUUACUGCAAGGCGAACAUAUCUUACAUCUGCUUCCUUUGACAAACCAAACGUCUAACAGCAUCGAGACUGAAGGCCAGAAACACAGCUCCUUCUACCCCGUGUCUGGAGACUUUUAGUUUUGACUGCUCAACAGGCCAUCAGUUGCACAGAAAGGUUUUAUUAAUUCCACACCGCAUCACAGCGUUUGCUGCUAACAGCAUUUUUGGUCUUGCCAGCAUUUCUCUCUUGCAUGGGGAGUGAGCGGGAGGUCCCUUACAGGGCGAGCGGUCGCCUUUGAACCACACUGUGAAUCCAGCGGGCUGACGCCAUCGCAACUAUGGAAUGUACUGUACAUAUUUCACACCAUCGAGGGCGAGCCCAUUACGACACGGCGUGACGGAAGAAAGCAAUGAAACUGAACGAGCACAAGAACGCGGGCCCGAGCGUCUACCUGUAGUUUACCUUGCUCUUUCGCGAAUACGGAGGUCGCAGAGGGUCAGAUUCCCCCGCAGCACCCGGGCCUGUCAUUAAUUAGCAGAUCUCCAUUUGAACCUUGGACUUCUAUAUAUAACAACACCGCACAGCCCAAUCUACUGCUGACCUACAUACACACUCUAAAAGACAUUCAUCAUCUCCCUCCAACUACCAGCCCUCUAAUCUGCUCCGUGAGGGGGGAGCGGAAACGUAAAAAAAAGGAGGGAAGAGAGAGAGAGAGAUCGAGAUUGAGAGGGGGAGAGAGCAACCUAUUUAUAUCCAUUGCAUAAUUGUGGGGAAUGUUACCACUAACAGUAUUUUUGCAUCUCUUAUGGUUGCUGUUUUCAAGUUUAACAUGCCAUACACUUUACUGUAUUUAAUUACCAGCCAUAGAAUAUCAGGUUCUCAAAGUAAUAGCUGUUCAAUAACGUUUGGAGAUCAGACUACGUACCUGAUUUCAGAAGCACAAGCACUACAGUCGGUGCAACAAUAUGAGGGUAACACGACUAUUAACUAUUAAGGGUGACGUAAUAUAUAUUUGGAAAACUACAAUUAUGUACGCUUAAAAUAAGCUUGAUGUUUAGAGAACUAUACGCUCAUGACAUUAGGGUUAAGUGUCUCUCGCUCUCUAGUCUCUUGUUCUCUCUCUAUCUUUGCACUACCUCUUUUUCUUUCUCUAUCUGUCCCCUUAUGUCUCCCACUUCUGUCUUUUCUGCUCUUCCAGCGUUUCGCAUCGAGCCUUUGUGUAGUCUCGUUCUCCUUUCACUUUCUUCCUCUCCAGGCAGCCGAGGAUGUGUUGCGUGUGUGUAUUGUGGAGGUCUGCGUGUACCUGCGGGUUUGAUGGGUAUGAUGCCCUGCGUGGUGAACGCUGUACCUCGGGACUAGCACGCCACAUAGUCAAACAUUAAUACUCAUGAUCAGAUUCUCAUGCUCUCUGAAGUUCUGCCUGAAGAUGACUCUGAAUUCUACCUUAAACUAGUUAGAACAGGGAAUCUGUGCUCUGAGAUAAGUGUGAGAGGUGUGUGAACCCAGAAGAAGGAACUCUGGGUAAAAAAACGAAACGUUCAAAAAGAACAAAAAACAAACAAACAAAAAAAACAAUAACAUAUAAGGGAGAUGGAUGUAAUAGCCGCAACUCAACCUGAAACGAUGAUGUCAUCGUUUGUACUCUCUCCUAUCUCUCUGAGAACUAUCUAAGCUCAUCUCUGCAUUUUCAUUCAUUUUUUUAAAAAUGAAACUGUGGAAUCCGUCGCGUCUCAUGUUCUUUGUGUAAUUUGAUGUAGUUCCUCUAGUUUGUGGUCUAAAUGCAGUCUUGCGCUGUUGGUUUCAGUGUGUGAUUAUCCGUUAUACUCGUGUGGAUGAUGAAAGUGCCAAUCAAGCCUGGUUAAGAUUAGCUUUGCGAUUUGUUUGUGCAUUAGAGUUGCUCUCUUUGGAGUGCUGGUGUCCAUAUCUACGUCACUGAUAAUUUUAGAUCGACUUAAAAUGUAAAGAACUAUUGGAAGCAAUAUUGUAGCAUGUUGUCAAGUUUUGUGUUUUGUUAUGUCCGUUGUAUGAGCCUUUGGAUUUACUACAAAUUUUGAAUGAAUAGGUUUACAUGUACUUUUUGUAAUACCGUAAGUUGAAAAAAAAACGAAAAAAUGCUGCUAUUUGAUAAGUGAAAUAUACAGAAAUAUUUUAGUUGAAAAAAUGUCUGGUCCGUCGAUUAGGAUUGUGCUCGUUUUUGACAGGGGUAUAAACGAGGUGUAUCAAUAUUAAUUACAUAGACGCAGUAAUAAUAGUCAACCUGUGCCAAACUAGACCUUUCACAGCUUCUCAACAUGUACUGUAGGUGUGUGAAACAUUUAAUAUCAAUAACUUAUUUAGAAGCAUCGAACAAGUGCCAAUCGAUCAGUAUCUUUUAGUGCCAAUCGAUCAGUAUCUUUUAGAUCCAAUCUUGAAAAGAUAAUCAAUGAAGGAAAAAAAAGACGACAUAGCGCAAUGUUAGAAUUCUUUUACCCCAUAGCUGCAUAGACUAAGAGAAGCAUUGUUUUAUGCAUCCAUAUGGUUUUGAUACACUCAGUAGAAGCAUCCUGUGCAUUCGUUUGACCUGUGGCUUCCGCACUGCUUUUAAGUCAUGUUGUCUUUGUAGGUCGGCAUGGAGUAGGCAUACACACGUUAUACACGUUAUUAAGCAUUCAUAACACGGCCAUUUAUGAAAGUGUGUUUUGUGGAUUUAGGUGUUAUCUUUUUGCACGUCUCUAUUGCAUGAUAUCCAAGUGAAUUAUUGAGGGGUGGGAAAUCAAAACAAACAGACAAGCAUUAAAAAAACAAGAAGUAAAUCGUUCUGUGUCUUAUGUCGCUCUGAGACACAGUUCUGCAUGUGUCACAAACGGAGCACUCUUUCUUUUUUCUAACUGCAUUUUGUUUCUCCUAUGGUUUUUACUGCUUAUGUUUUUCUCGGUCGGAUGGGUGUGGCUUUCGAAAGGCCAGCACACGUAGGCCUAAGAACUGCAGUGUAACCAUGGGAACUGGAGUCAAUCAGGAAUUUAUGAAAGCGAAAGGAUUCCGGUUCACGACAGCGAAACCCAUACGUGCGAGACAUCUCUCGGCCUCUAAUUUCAGGGGAAAUACCCAUGCAUGGAAACGUCAUUUGAGUUUGGUCACGUUCGGUCAUGUGAAGAACUGCAUUCAUUGGUUUCAGACUUCUCUAGUUUCUCAGCUUGAUUCUCCUAACCCCACAUGUAAUUUAUGAAUGUAUUUACAUUUGCAUAAACUGAAACAAAAUGUUAUUUCAAUGUUAAAUGUCUUUUAGGUGUGACGUUUACGGCGGAGGUUGUGAAGUUCAUGUAGCUCAAUCAUAUCUGUCAGUGUUAGGAAGGCCCAGAGCCACAUUAGCACCCAAAUUCAUUUCUCUCCUCCAGACUGCUGAUGCAUCAAAUGCACUUUACUGAGCAUUAGGUCCCAUCACAAACACACACACAGUGUAACCUUCUACUGGAUGCAAAACUGAACCAAGCAACCUGUUUUUAACAUGGAAAACUUUGACAGAUAUAUUGUUGUUUUUCUUGUUGUUGUGUUUUUAUGAUUUGCAUUCUUUGGUGUUUGUAAAUGAGUUGUAAUUUUUUAAAGUGUCUUUAUUUUUGUAUUUUUCUUCAUUUCGGGGAGGAGAGGUUAGAAGGAGAGUGUAUGAUAAGUGUCUUGCAUUCCACUGUCUCUCCUGUAAACAUUCCCUGGUGUGUGUGUGUGUGUGUGUGUGUGUGUGUGUGUGUGUGCGUGCGUGUGUGUUUAUGUGUUUGCGAGAGAGAGAGAGAGCGUGAAUGGAAAACGUUUGCAUGGAUGUGUGUUUGUGAGUGUCUAGGAACAUGCAGACACUAUUGUUAGCAUUGUAAUUGCCAACUGUGUGAAGCUGAACUGCUUAGGAAAUGAAAGGUGUUAUUUUUGAUUUUCAAAACUGUACGUUCUGUUCGGUUUAGAGGAAUGGAAAAUAAAUUGCAGA